AUUUUCUCAAGAGUAUAAAUUAAUACAAUUUACAUUUAUUUUUAAAACAAUGGGAGAUCUUCCUCAAGAGUUUUCCAAAACAUUCAGAGAGCAAUACAUUCAUCCAACUAUAAAUGAUAUUGACUAUGUGAAGUUUUUACCGUUUAACCUUGAUAAAGGUCCUUAUAAAUCUGAAGAUCACUAUUUAGAUACACAAUUUCAUCUUUUGCGUGAAGAUUUCAUUCAUCCUUUAAGAAAAUCUAUACAAUAUUAUCGUAAAAAUAAAAUUACAGAAGGCACUAAUUUAGUGUGUCAUAAUGUAUUAUUUGAUGGGUCUAGAGAAUUUCUUGGAAACAAAUUAGGUUUUAUAUUUAUAUUUGACCCAAAUUUAUAUAAUAUAAAUUUAUUUAUAAAUGGGUUUCUAUUACUAUUUUCUAAUGAUAAUUUUAACACAUUUUUUGCUGGGCUCGUGUUAAGAGAUGACAUAGAAUACUUAAAUAAAGGCAUACUUCUAGUAGAAAUGCUUGGUGGUAUAGAUAUAAGACCAAACACAAAUUUAUUAAUGGCACAAUGCGAACAAUUUUAUGUUCCCUACAAUUGGACACUUAAAGCUCUACAACAAAUGAACCCUUUAACAUUUCCAUUGAAAGAAUAUAUAGUCUUUGCUUCUAACAAACCUUCAUCACCUGAAUAUUUAAAUGACAUAAAUACUCAAAAAUAUGAUAUUGAUGAUUAUAAAUUUAAUAUUUUAAAAGAUGAUGAAUGGCCAACAGAAAUAUACCUACAACAAGAGAGUAGUCAGUAUAAAGCAUUUAAAGCAGCACUGACAAAAAAAUAUGUUUUGAUUCAAGGAGCUCCAGGUACAGGCAAGACUUUUAUUGGUCAACGAGUAAUAAAAGCAAUGAUUGAAAAUUUAUAUACAACAGGACGGUUAAAAAACCCUAUAGCUAUAAUUUGUAAUAACAACCAUACCCUAGAUCAUUUUUUAGAAGGUGUUCUAAAAAUAACUGAUAAACUUGUCAGAAUUGGUAGUCAAUCAAAAUGUGAAGUUUUAAAAAAACAUAGUUUAAAAGAGAUAGUAAGGCUUAACAAAUUUAAAAUAAAUAAUAUUUUAGAACAAAAUUUAAAAACUAAAGAGCAAGUUAUUUUAGACUGUUAUAAAAAAUGUGAUAAGUUGUAUAAGGGUAUUUUGGAUUGGAAUAUUUUGAAAUCUGUAGUACCAGAAAUGUCAUUCAAUACUUUUGUUGAUUCUUGGGAUUUUCUUAACUGGUUGUUUCAUCCAUAUCCUGUGGACAAGAUGUUAAAAACUUUUAAAUUUGAUAAAGUACAAUCCACUCAACAUUGUUUAAUAUUAGAUGAUAUAAAACAAUGUGUUAUAGAAUUAACUGAACAAGUUACUGAGGGCAGUGAAUAUCAAUCAUUAAAAAUAAAACAACAAUUAACAAUACUGAAGAAAUUUUAUGAAUACUUUGAGUACAUGUUGACUUUUGAUAGCCCAAAAGUAAAUCCGAUCAUUAUUGAUGACAUACAUUUAAUACCAGCAGAACAAAGAUGGAUAUUAUACUAUAAUUGGGUACAAAGGAUUGUCAGCGGUUAUAAAAAUAUUUUAACUCCUAUAUGGUAUGAGUAUAAUGAGUUAUGUAAAAAACUUGAUGAAAAUAGAUUGACCCAAACAAUCCAUUUAUUAGAUGGAAUUUAUGUAAUUGGACUUACCACCACUGGAGCAGUAAAAAACAAAGAUUUAUUAGAACAUUUAAAACCACCAAUUGUUAUUUUUGAAGAAGGAACUGAAACAUUAGAACCAUAUAUAGUUGCUUCAUUAACUGAACAUGUUCAACAUUUGAUUUUAAUUGGUGAUCAAAAAGUAGAACGUCCAAAAACAUCAUCAUAUAAUUUGGCCAAAAAUUAUAACUUCAAUCAAACACUUAUGGAGCGAACAAUAAAUAAUGGUUUACCUUUAUAUCAACUUACAAAACAAUUCAGAAUGCGACCAGAAAUAAUGUCAUUAGUGUUACCAUUCAUUACUAAUCAUUUGGAAAGUAGUGAACAUACAUAUAAUCUACCAAAUGUUAUUGGAAUAUCCAAAAAUGUGUAUUUCAUUGAUCAUAAUAUUAUAGAGGAAUGCCAUGGUAAAAUUCAUAUCAAUUUACAUGAAGUAAAGUUUAUGAUUGGGCUUGCUCGGUAUCUUUGUUUACAAAAUUAUAAACCUGAAGACAUAAUGAUUCUAACAACUCAUAAAGAUCAAGUUAAUGAACUGAACAAACUUAAAGAAGAAUCUUUACUCAUCAAAAACAUAAAUGUAUCAACUGUCGAUAGUUGUUCAAUGACUGAAUGUGAAAUUGUGUUGUUAUCCACUGUACAUAAUACUAAAGAAGAUGCUAGUUUUUGGAAACAUGAAAAUCGAAUCUGUGUUGCCUUAACAAGAGCAAAAAUUGGUUUAUAUAUUAUUGGAAAUAUAAAUAACCUAAUAAGUCAAUGUGAUCUAUGGAACAAUGUUAAAAGUUCUCUUCAAAACUUAAAUGCUUUAGGAAAUGAAUUAACUUUGGAGUGUUUUGUACAUAAAGGAACAUUAUCAAAAGUAUCGAAAGCUGAAGAUUUUAUGAAUCGAAAAUGUCCCCGACCAUGUCUACAACAAUUAAAAUGCAAUCAUUAUUGCCAGAGUAUUUGUCAUACUCGUGAUCGUGAGCAUAUGUUUAUGUUUAAAUGUAGACAUAUAAACUGUAGAUCUUCUAAAUCACUAAUCCGCUAUCCACUUAAAGAUAUAUUUUUACUCUUUUGGGAAUACAGUAAAAAUAUUAUAUAUGAAAUAAUUAAUCAACCUAUUUGAA